CUCCUACAUACGGAAAGGCUCAAAGAGAAUUUACCGCUUCCUUACUACAUAUCCUCUCCGCCAUUGUCCAGGACAUCAACUCCCUAAAGUCACCUCAAAAGAACAAAAACCAAAGAUGAGAGGGAAAGUGGUAGGGGCAAUCCUCCGCUCUAGAGCUGUUGUCAGCAGACAACCUCUUUCGAGGACCCAUAUCUGUGCUGCCGUCACUGUUGCAAAGUCCUCAUCAACUGCCCAGAACUCGAGAAGAACCUUCUCAUCCUCUUUCCGAAGGUUGCAUGAGCCAAAGGCGGAGAUAACGGCUGAGGGACUUGAGUUGAGCCCUCCACAGGCUGUUACGGGAGGAAAGCGGACUGUUUUACCCAACUUCUGGUUGCGUGACAACUGCCGGUGUACGAAAUGCGUGAACCAAGAUACUCUCCAGAGAAACUUCAACACUUUUGCCAUCCCCUCCGACAUCCACCCAACAAAGGUUGAAGCCACCAAGGAGAACGUCACCGUCCAAUGGUCCGACAACCACACAUCCACCUACCCCUGGCCCUUCCUCUCUUUCUACCUCACCUCCAACGCGCGCGGGCAUGAAAACGACCAAAUCUCCCUCUGGGGCUCCGAAGCCGGCUCCCGCCCUCCAACCGUCUCCUUCCCACGGGUGAUGGCAUCAGACCAGGGCGUCGCCGACCUAACCGCCAUGAUCAAAGAGUUCGGUUUCUGUUUUGUCAAAGACACACCCCAUGACGACCCGGACGUGACCCGCCAGCUUCUGGAGAGAAUCGCCUUUAUCCGAGUGACCCAUUACGGCGGCUUUUACGAUUUCACGCCCGACCUAGCGAUGGCCGACACGGCGUACACGAACCUGGCGCUGCCGGCGCAUACGGAUACGACGUAUUUCACGGACCCGGCAGGGUUGCAGGCUUUUCACUUGUUAGAGCAUAAGGCCGCUCCUCCCCCUUCUGAAGAAAAAGAAGCUGCAAGCUCAGCAGCAGGGGAGGCGGCGGCAGAAGGGGGAAAGUCGUUGUUGGUCGAUGGGUUCAACGCGGCGAGGAUUCUGAAGGAGGAGGAUCCCCGGGCUUAUGAGAUCUUGAGCAGCGUGAGACUGCCGUGGCAUGCGAGUGGAAACGAAGGGAUCACGAUUGCGCCCGAUAAGCUUUAUCCGGUGCUGGAGUUGAGUGAGGAUACCGGGGAACUGCAUAGGGUUAGGUGGAAUAAUGAUGAUAGGGGUGUGGUGCCGUUCGGUGAGAAGUACAGCCCGUCGGAGUGGUACGAGGCGGCGAGGAAGUGGGAUGAGAUUUUGAGGAGGAAGAGUAGCGAGUUGUGGGUGCAGUUGGAGCCGGGGAAGCCGUUGAUCUUCGAUAACUGGAGGGUUCUUCAUGGACGGAGCGCGUUCUCGGGUAUUAGGAGGAUCUGUGGAGGGUAUAUCAACCGCGAUGACUUCAUCUCUCGGUGGAGAAACACGAAUUACCCAAGGAGCGAGGUUCUUCCGAGGGUUACUGGUUAA